UUGUUUUUAGAAGAAGCGGCAAAACAAUUGGCUGAACUCAAGUUCAAACUUCAAGAGGCCGAGCGCGAGAACACCAAUCAUCAAGGCAGCAUCAUCCGAGUGGAAGGCCAGAUGAAGCGAUUCAAAGCGAAUGCCGAAGCACUUGAGAAGGAGCUGGAUGAAGUUAAAACACAAAAUCGGCAGCUUAAGAAAGACGUAAGUCAUGCUCCUCAAUAUCCGUCAUACUUCCUUUGUUUCUUUUGUUGACA